CCGGAAGACUCAGAACAAAACCCCUAUGAUUUACUUGAAAUCUCACAGGAGGCUACAGAAGCCGAGAUCAGGACAGCCUAUCGAACCCGCUCACUCAAAGUUCAUCCAGACAGAAACAGAAAUGAUCCUAAUGCAGCCCAGAAAUUCCAUGCAUUGACGACCGCUUCCGCCCUCCUCCUUGAUCCGCUUCGCCGUCUCGCGCUCGAUGCGCAACUUCGUCUGCAAGCCGCCAAGAAGCAGCGCUUCGCGUCUUACGACAAUAAGCGUAAGGCGAUGGUCUCUGAGUUGGAGGAGCGGGAGAAAGAGUUCAAGAAGGCGCGAAUGGCGAAGGAGCAGGAGAGAACUGCGAGGGAGAGUGAAAACACAAGGAUUAGUGAGGAGGGGCGGCGAAUGCGGGAGCAGAGGGAGAAGGAGCUCGAACUGCAGGAAUUGGAACAUCAAUGUGCGAGGACGAAACCCGGCUCAAAUGGAACUGUCGAAGAAGAUCCCCUCGCUCCGCCGCCUCCCAGCGAUUUGGAUACAACAGUCCGUAUCAAAUAUGCUCUCUCAUCAUAUCCUGCACUUUCUACAGCAUCCGCGCUCACCACCCACCUUCGACGGUAUGGUGAGAUUGAUGAAGGGACGGCGGUGAUGUCGCAGAAAACCAAGAAGUCGAAAAAGUCCAAGGGACUUGUAGACGGCGAGAUGAUAGUGACCGCACUGGUGUCAUUCAACCAGUUGGGCGCUGCAUUCGCUGUGGUAUCGAGCGCCGAAUCGCUGAAAGAGCGGGGCAUGGACGUGGCAUGGGCAGGCGGAUCUGAGCCUCCAAUCCUAGGCUGGCUCCGCAAACGCGGAGCACUCGGAGGACCCGCGGCCAAUCGUGCAGAGCCGUUCCCGACAAAGCCUACUCCAGAGGGGACGACAUUCGGUUCGUUUCCCUCGAGUUUUUCUGACGUACCGCCGCCGCUGCCGCCACCUCCUGCUGCAAAGGCGAGGAUAGACUAUGAGUCGUUGACGCUCCUCCGUAUGCGUGAAGCUGAGCGUGCACGCUUAGAGAAGGAGAUACUGGAAGCAGAGGCUGCUGAGGGCGGCUAAGUUCUCCGUGAUGAUUAAUUAGUACAUGCUACGUAUGAGUCGGAUCAGUGCGGCUCGUUGCAUUGUAAUGCCAACGUUCUAUCCACUGAUCGCAGUCAUGGCGCCGCUGAUGACAUAGCUCUAGCAUAUUCAGGCCGAACCGAUGGUUUCCAAAAAACGACUCGACCAAUUGCAAGAGUCGAAGGAGGCACUUGCUGGACGGACGAACCGCUGGUCUUUCUUCCCAGUCAAAUAGCGUCGAUGGUUGCCAUUGGGAGAUCUUGACGUGCGUCCUGAAGUAGAAGUUAUUUAAUUUGUCGUGAAAGCUGUACUGUGGUACAGGAUCGUGGC